CUUGAAUUCAAUUAUUUGAAACUUAGACAUACUGUAGCUGUAAAAUGGAUGAUCCUCGAUUUUCCAAGAUCAGGCUUGAUCCUCGAUUUAAGCCUGUUCCAAGAAAAACGAGGAAAGUAAAAAUCGACAAGAGGUUUGCUGGCAUGUUUACUGACAAAAGGUUCAAGACGAAAUAUGUGGUUGAUAAACGUGGACGUUUCGUAAACCAGACGUCUGAUGAUGAUCUGAAACGCUUCUAUGCAUUAGAAGAUGAAACUUCCCAACGUAGUCAAACAGAGACAGCAGACCAAUAUUUGAUAGCAAACUCAACAGAAACAACAAAGAAGUCAGGUAAAAAGAGAGCCACUGACAUACCUAUUGAGAAGGAACGAAAGAAGGAUUUAAGACAGAAGGGAUGGAGUACUAAUAAUGAAGUUGAAGAAAAUGUGGAGUCGGCUAGAGUUACAAGAAACAAGAAGGAUUGUAAAACACAUGAAAAGAAAGCAGAGAUUUAUUCAGACAAAAAUCUUGUCGAGCUAUCGAAACACCAGAAAAGACAUACUCAACACUAUGUCAAAUACUCAUCUAGUGAGCAAGAAGAGGACUCCAGUGAUAACGAGUCUACUGGUGACUGUGUUGAAGUGGAUUAUGCUCGUGGUGAGGGUCUGCUAUUAUCGUCAUCAGAUGAAGAAGAUAGUGGGCAACUUUGUGAAUCAGAUGAGGUUGUUCACGACUGGGGAGAAUUAGAUCACGAUGUUCCGGUUGCAAGUAAUGUAACUCGUCGCUUGGCUGUUUGUAAUAUGGACUGGGAUAGAGUCACAGCAUCGGAUCUUCUCGUAUUGUUUAAUUCAUUCAAGCCUACUGGAGCUAUCGUAGAAUCAGUCAAGAUAUAUUUGUCUGACUUUGGUUCAGAACGGCUAGCAAAUGAGGACAGGAUGGGACCUGCCGAACUAGUAGAGGGAGAUUUGAAUGACGGCUCUACAGAAGGUGCAGGAUAUUCGGCUGAAAAGUUGAGACAGUAUCAGUUGAAUCGGCUGAAGUACUAUUAUGCAGUUGUUGUGUGUGACUCGGCAGAAACGGCAUCAAGUAUCUACGAUAUUUGUGAUGGAAUAGAGUUGGAAUUAUCAGCCAGCAAGCUGGACUUAAGGUUUAUUCCUGAUGAGACCGAGUUUGAUCAAGAGCCACAAUCUGUAGCAACUGAUGUACCGGCUGGCUACAAUGCACCAAAAUUUCAGACAUCUGCUCUUCAGCAGUCUAAUGUCAAUCUCACGUGGGAUGAGACAGACAAAACAAGGACCAAGACCACGAUGCGAAGCAUGUCUGAAACUGAAAUUAAUAAAAUGGAUUUCUCUGAGCUGUUGGCGUCUGAAGAAGGAAGCGAAGACAAUGAUGAGGAUAUGCACGAUAAGAGCCCAAAUGCUGCUGAAGACAAAGACAUCAAUGAAACUCAUGCCACAAAGGCAAAGAAAGUCAAUCAAUACAAGGCUCUCUUGAGAUUGGAAGACUCCAAGGCAGACGGCAAUCAGGAACUGGAAGUUACUUGGGAACCAGGCUUGCAAGAAACGGUGCUCGAAGAUGUCGAGAAAGUCGAUUCUAAGGCAAAUAGAUAUGCUGUUACUCCUUGGGAACAAUACUUGAACAAGAGGAAGGAGAAACGGAAACAAAGAAGAAAGAAUCCUAACAAUGUUAUCAACAUUGAGAAUGUAGGGUCUGUGGGAUCAAGUGUGAGCACGACGGGUGGUUUCGAUGAUCCAUUCUUUUCAGGGCAACCAGAAUCGAAGUUUACAUCACUGUCAACUAAGAAGACAAAAGGAGGUCAAUCAAAAGCACCAAGGGUUCAGUUAACAGGAGAAGAGCAGCAGCAACAGAAAGAUGAGUUAGAACUGUUGGUAGCUGAUAAAGACAGUGGCAAAGCUCACUUUAGCUUAAAGGCUAUUCUUGCCCAAGAGAAAAGGUCGAGAAAGAAAAGGAAGCAAAAACAGAUUGAGGAACAAGUCGUCGAUGAUUUUCAAAUUGAUCUUGAUGAUUCAAGAUUUGAAGCUAUUUUUACUACAAAUGAAUAUGCAAUCGAUCCAUCAAAUCCUCAGUUUAAAAGAACAAAGGCAAUGCAGACAAUAGUUGAAGAAAAGCAAAGAAAACGAGGAUCGAUUAGGAGUAAUGAGAGGAAAGAUGUCACCCCACAAUUAUCAAGCAAAGGCAUAGCAAGUUAUUUGUCGCCAACAGAGGGAAUGUCGGCACCUUCACUUGUUUCUGACGUUGCGGAUUGCGUCACUGCUCCACCCUUGUCCUCCAUCGUUCGUUCAGUCAAAACGAAGACAGAACGCUUUAACGCGUGGAAGAGACGAAAAUUCGACAAUCAAAAGAAAUGAGUGGGUGUCCUCUAUCAUUAACAGUACACGCGCUCUUAGAUUAGAUAUUUGACCCCCUCAAUGUUUUGGAACAUCAGUCUGGUAGAGAAAUUCCACGUUUAAUGAUGCUAUACACAGUUUUGAGUUUACAGUGAUUGCAAUGUGUGUGUGGAGCCAGUGUGCACGACUAGGAGAGAG